UACAAUUUUGGAGCUAGAUAGAUGGAGGAACAGGAAGCAACAGAGGAUGACCCCGGUAGUCCAGCGGAUGACGUCCAUCAAGCCUCCGACAAUGCCGCAACACACGAAGAUGAUGCUGGUUCUUCUGGAGGAAUUCAGACCCUUGAACAGGUGUGGAUGAGUUCUUCAGCUCGUCGUUCCCUGAUCCUGGACGUGAACUCCCCGUCACCAUCAAGCAGCAGCGAAGGCGGGCCUCCUGGAAUUGUUGCUGAAUACGAUGAGGUCCGUCGCGUGGAUUUCCCGGACGAUUUUACCUUCGGGACUGCAACGUCCGCGUAUCAAGUGGAAGGAGCUUCGAAAAAAGGUGGCCGAGGACUGUCCAUCUGGGAUGUUUUCUGCAACGUACCUGGACGGAUUGCUGACGGUCGCAAUGGCUACAAGUCAGUGGACCAGUAUCACAAGUACAAGGAAGACGUCAACUUGAUGUCCGAGAUGGGUAUGAACGCGUACAGGUUUUCAAUUUCCUGGUCUCGGAUCAUCCCAGACGGAAUGGGUGGCACUUCCUGCUCCGUGAAUGAGAAAGGUGUGGAGUACUACAACCAUCUCAUUGACAAGCUUCUCAGCAAAGGAUUGGAGCCGUUUGUUACACUCUACCAUUGGGAUCUUCCGCAGAGAAUCCACGACGAUGCACCAAUUGUGGGAGGCUGGAUAAAUCCUCGAGUGGUGGACUACUUUGCAGGCUACGCAGAGAUUUGCUUUGCAAGAUUUGGGAACAGGGUGAAGAAGUGGAUCACGCUGAACGAGCCGGCACAGUUUUGCGUCAACGGUUACGGGACAGGCGUCCAUGCUCCUGGAAGGUGCUCGGACAAGUCCAGGUCUCCAGCCGGUGAUUCAGCGGUGGAACCAUAUCUUGCGGUUCACCACGCGCUCCUGGCUCACGCUGCAGCUGUGGAAAUAUACAGGAAAAAGUUCCAGUCCGAGCAAGGUGGUGUGAUUGGUCUGGCUUGCGAUGGCGAGUGGUCCGAGCCUUUCACGGAGUCCCCUGAGGACCAGCAGGCCGCGCAGCGACGUAUCGAGUUUCAGCUUGGCUGGCUUCUAGAUCCCAUUUUCUUCGGUGACUAUCCGGAGUGCAUGAGACAGAACGUUGGGGACAGGUUGCCGAGGUUCACUGCCGAAGAGAUAUCGAGCUUGCGACGCUCACUCGACUACAUUGGAAUUAAUCACUACACGUCCCGGUACGUCAAGGCUGCUCCAGCUCCCAAAGUUACAACACCGGUGAAUUACUUCACCGACCAGGCCGUCGUGACUGCCACGGAGAGCAAGAUGGGGGUGCCGAUUGGAGAGCGAGCGGCUUCAGAGUGGCUCUACAUGGUUCCGUGGGGGAUGGAGAAGUUCCUCAACUGGAUAACCGACAGGUACAACCGGCCACCAAUCUUUAUCACCGAAAACGGCAUGGACGACCAGGACGACAAAACAAUCCCGCUGCCCGAGCGCUUGCAUGACACGAAGCGCAUCAGGUACCACCAAGGCUACAUGGCCGCGGUGGUGAGAGCAAUGCGGAAGGGUGCGGACGUCCGGGGAUACUUUGUGUGGUCGCUGGUGGACAACUUCGAGUGGUCGCAGGGCUACACCAAGAAGUUCGGCCUGUUCUUCGUGGACCAAGAGGACCUGGACUUGAAGAGGCAGCCCAAAGCCAGCGUGUUGUGGUUCACAACGCUUCUCAUGUCGCAGUCCAAGACGCUGGAGGCGGAGCCCCUCAAAGCUGUCAAAUGGUUGCGGAGGCUCUCGGUGGCCGAGGACAGUGCCACUCCCAAGUCGCAGUCUCCGGCAAGCAGCAGAUCAGGCUCCAGAGCGCCUUCUCCAAAGCCAGCCAAGAGGCGGUCUUCGCAGAUUCAUCCAGUCAAGGUAACUCGGUGAUGCUUGCGAGGUACGCUCGCGUUCUUCACAGAUGCAUGAGCUCGGAACAAGCGAGAUAAUGUCAGCUGCGAGAUUGUCAUAUAAAUCCAUUCAAGAAAACAUUCAAGAUAUCUACUGUAUCUCAAUUUCAUUUCAAGGAAAGCUAGCAAGCCAACAAAACUAGAAGAA